UCUAUUUAAUGAAAAAGAAAAAAUACAGCCUUAGUUCUCUGACCACGCCACGUUCCGUUUCUCCAUACUCCCGAAGAAAAGUACAAACCCAUAAUCCCCAAAUUUCCCAAUCGGAUUCAGAUCUUUUAGGGUUUCCAAGCAGCAAUGGCACUUGAGUGGGUAGUACUAGGCUAUGCCGCAGGCGCAGAGGCAAUCAUGGUCCUUCUCUUGACCAUCCCAGGCCUUGACGGACUGCGCAAGGGGCUGCUCGCGGUGACGCGCAAUCUGCUGAAGCCGUUUAUGUCGGUGGUUCCGUUUUGCCUGUUUCUGCUGAUGGAUAUAUACUGGAAGUAUGAGACGAGACCGAGCUGCGAGGGCGAGUCCUGCUCUCCAACCGAGCACCUCCGUCACCAGAAAUCUAUUAUGAAAAGCCAGAGGAAUGCGUUGUUGAUCGGUGCUGCUCUAAUUUUCUACUGGCUUCUUUACUCGGUCACUCAUCUUGUUGUGAAGAUCGAGCAGUUGAAUCAGCGCGUCGAGAGGCUCAAGAGCAAGGAGUAAGUGAUGAUGAUGAUGGAUAGACAUGGACUUUGUUUUCUAUUUUCAUGGAUUACUACUGUUAAAUGAGACUUUAAUUGGCGUUUUCAAUUCAGUUAUUUUUCUCGUGUAGGUAGUAACUGUGUUGGAUUUCGAUGUCAAGACUUAUUAAUAUGCAGCUUUUCCUUAAUCA